CUUUCUUGACUAAAGAAACAACUUUCAACAAAGUAAAAAUUGCAAAAAAGUCCUCUACCCACCAGCAAAUUUCAACAGCUUUAUAAAACAAACCCCUCCAUCGUCUCAAAGUUUGCACUUUCCCAUUUUCCGGAGACGCGCUCUACUUUCAGAAGCUCCCGAUUUUACCUGCUCAGGUUUGAAAUUUGACAUAUGGUGGGAGAGUGCUCUAAACAGAACACACUCACGAUGGAGGACGAAAUCCAGCUGUACACCAACUGGGAUGAUAUCAAAUGCCCCAUUUGCCUCGACUCCCCUCACAACGCAGUCCUCCUCCAGUGCUCGUCUAACAGAAACGGUUGCUGCUCGUUUGUGUGCGACACGGACCACUUGCACUCCAACUGCCUCAACCGCUUCAGACAAGCCAACAAUAUGCCCUCUAAGUUCGUCCCCUUGUCAAUUGCAUUGUAUGAAGCGGGCCCGAAACUCCCGAGCAUUGCCGAAAAUCUUCAGUCACUCGAUUUGCCACCUGGCGGGAAGCCCGCGUGCCCUUUGUGUAGGGGAGAAGUUUCCGGAUGGAUAGUUCUCGACAAGGUCCGUGCACACCUGGACGAGAGAAAACGGUACUGUGAGGAGGACAAGUGUCGUUUUUCCGGAACAUUCAUAGAGCUCCGGAAGCACGCGCGGAUCGAGCACCCGUACUCUUGCCCCUCGAAAAUCGACCCUGCCCGCCAGCUGGACUGGGAGAACUUCCAGCAGUCGGCCGAGAUUAUUGAUGUGUUGAGCACUAUACACUCGGAAAUCCCGCGUGGCGUGGUUUUGGGGGAUUACGUUAUAGAAUAUGGGGAUGAUGAUGAUGAUGAUAAUUUGGGGGAUGAUGAGUUUGACGAUUUUCGUGGGCCCGAGGGGAAUUGGUGGAGAUCUUGCAUUUUGUAUCAGGUGUUUGAGAAUUUCAGGGCGUCGAGGAAUAGAAGGCGGUCGAGGGUGAGUGACUCGAGGAGGGUUUGGACUCAAAGGAUAAGUUAUGAUGCCUCUUAUUCGGAUGAGGGCUCAAUUUCUUCCAUGGAGUAUGGGGAUUAUAGGGGGGAUGAUGUUGUUGAGGCUGAUUUUGUGAACUCGAGGAGGCUGUCUAGGGGAAGGGCUCGACAAAGAAUAGAGUUCACAACUGUGGAAUGGAAAGGCAAAAGAAAGUUGACUGAUCUGGGUUCGGUUUUUGGAAAGUGGACAGUCAACAACUGUUGAUUACAUGUAAAAAUUUCUCAGACUGACGUACACAACUGUCAGGUUCGUUUUCACUCACUUCCUUCUCAGAAGUGAUCAAGUGAUGAUGUUUUUUCCUUUAUGGAGGAGAGUGGUAUUUGGGACAACUUUGUGUAAAAACUCUUUAGCUUCUCAGUUGACCAAGUCCAAUGGGAUAGGAAUAAAUGUCAUGGUACAGAAUUUAAUUUAUUCUUGGCUUCGCAAUGUUCCUUGAACACAGCCGACUAUCUGAUAUUCUUUUUGUUAUUUCUUUCUUGUGUUUCAACAAAAAAAUUGGUGUUUCGUGGCGUGAUAUAUUGAUGUUGCCCUUUAGCAAAUCAGUUAGAGUGCCACGAUGAAUGGGCUUGCAAAAUCAGUAAGUAAUAUUAAUUGGCUAAUUUACAUACUUA